AUGUCCGCCAAAACCGAAGAAAAGCCACGAGUCUCUGCCCCGGUCGCUGAAGAGGAGGAGGAUGACUACUCCUCGUCGGACGAGGACUACUCCAGCGCCGACGACGACGACGACUACGAGGAAGAAGUACCACGGCAGCAGCAGCAGGCUCUCGCGCAGCGGCAGGGACAGCAGCAGGGCCAACAGCAACAACAGCCAGGCCAAGUCUCAGCGCCGCAGGCGCAAGCACCAGCGAAGGAGAAGGGCCACUCCGGCGCGCCCAGCGUAAGGCUGGACCUCAAUAUCGAACUCGAGGUUACCCUGAAGGCUAGGAUUCAUGGAGAUUUGACGCUCGCGCUGUUGGGAAAACCAAAGCUCGUCGCGGUGUGCGAGAUCCAGUCUGCGCUCGGAGAGAAUUCGGUCGAGUAG